GAGCUGGUACUCGCCUCUGGUUCUAGUUCUUGUUCUGCCGCGAAUCCGGGGCAGCGUGGCACUUCUCUCUUUCGCUCCGUACUGUUUUUUUUUGCGUGUUAAUGCUACGUCGCGCUAAUUUCGGGGCUCCAACUUCCGUUAGUCGGGCGGCCGCUGAACGUAAACAAAGCUGCGGCCCAUCUCCGCCAGUGGUCGUCGCAGACGUGUCAUUGCCUCGGUGGGAGAAUCGGAAAAAGUGCAUCUGUGAUGUGUAAACACCAUGGUCAAGGCAACAGACUCGGAUCCCACAUGGUGCACACGCCGCAGACGCGAUUGCAGUACAUUUUACGGGCCGCUUUGAUGAGGCACGAGCCUAUGGCCGAAAUAUCCGAAUAAUUUGUGCGUGCGAGUGUUUGUGAGGUUGUGAGUGCGGCGUUGUGCAAAACAUUUAUGAGCUGGAAGCGCCAAAAGGCAAAAGCCAAAACACCAAAACACCAAAUCCCAAAACGAAAUGCGAAUGCGAAUGAAAUAGCAGGGCCUGUUCCAACACAUCCCGCCGGAACAGCGCAGGGAGAUUCCGAAAAUGAGAUGAUCCAACAAGAGCAACAACACAGAGGAAUAAAACCAAAAACCGCAUGCCAAAAAUAAAAUAAAACAAAUUUAAUUGGAACAUCAACAUUGGCACAUCCCGCAGAAUGAUGGCCAAGUCCACCGACGUCCACAACGGCAGCGCCAUCGACCACAAUGGGCCCACCCAUAAUAGGGAGGCCCUGCAACUGCACCUGCCCUCGGAGGCGGCGGCGGCGUCCAGUCUGCAGCACCUGCAGGUGCGACGUCAUCGCCGCAGCAUCUCGCAGCUGAUGGCCAGCAUGGCGGAAUAUCCCACAGACGAUGUGUACCGCCCCACCCACUUUAACGGCUACGUAAACCGGGGAUACGAUGGUUUAGACAAUUCCUUCUACUUCACACAGUUUGAGGCCAUGGCUGCGGCACGCAGCGGCGACGGAGCGGUCUUGCCUCCAUAUGCCACCGACUCUGAGGCUGAGUUUGGCAGCCCGGGCGCGUCGGCGGAGGACUCCAACAACGAGGAGUUCCGGGACUGCACGGACGACGUGGUGGCUGAGCACCAGAGUCGCUGUCUACCCGAGUUCCAGUUCUCGUUGGUGGACUCCGAGUAUGAUGAGACUCUGGGCUUCCCCGACUCCGUGACCAUCCUCUCGAACGUGGGCGACAAGCCGGUCCUGGUGGAGCGCAAGGAGACGGACGACGACGAUGAGGAGUUCGACGACGACGAGAACAACAGCGUGGUGCUGCGCCAUGAGAUUCCCUUUACGAGCAUUUAUGGUCCCAGUGUAAAGUUCAACUCCUUCCAGCGAAAGGUGUUCAUUCCGGGUCGCGAGAUCCACGUCCGGAUCGUCGACACGGAGCGUAGUGUCACCACGCAUCUCCUGAAUCCAAAUCUGUACACCAUCGAGCUCACCCAUGGACCCUUCAAAUGGACCAUCAAGCGGCGCUACAAGCACUUCAACUCGCUGCACCAGCAGCUCAGCUUCUUCCGCACAUCGCUCAACAUUCCAUUCCCCAGCCGGAGUCACAAGGAAAAGCGGACCACGCUCAAGGCCACCGCCAGCCAGAUGGCUGACGAAUCCACCCUCAAGGACCUGCCCGCCCACACCAAGGUCAAGCAGUCGGCAGGUUCCAGUGGCCAGGGAAACAACAACAAUAACAGCUCGAACGGCACUGCAGGCAAUGUCGUCGCGAUGGUCAGUCCCGGGCACAGUUCAAUUCUGGCGGGACUCACGCCACGGCGCAUCCAGAAGAAGCGGAAAAAGAAGAAAAAGCGGAAGCUACCGCGCUUCCCCAAUCGGCCGGAGAGUCUGGUGACCGUAGAGAACCUGGUUGUGAGGAUAAAGCAGCUCGAGGAUUACCUGUACAACCUGCUGAACAUCAGUCUGUAUCGCUCCCACCACGAAACGCUGAAUUUCGUUGAAGCCUCCAAUGUGUCCUUCGUACCCGGCCUGGGAAUCAAGGGCAAGGAGGGCCUGAUCCUCAAGAGAACGGGCUCCACGCGACCGGGACAGGCGGGCUGCAACUUCUUCGGCUGCUUCCAGAAGAACUGCUGUGUGCGCUGCAACUACUUCUGUUCGGACGUGGUCUGUGGAACGUGGCGCAGUCGGUGGUUCUUCGUGAAGGAGACUUGCUUUGGAUACAUCCGACCCACUGACGGCAGCAUCCGGGCGGUGAUUCUGUUCGACCAGGGCUUCGACGUCUCCACGGGCAUCUACCAGACAGGCAUGCGGAAGGGCCUCCAGGUGCUGACGAACAACCGGCACAUCGUGCUCAAGUGCUGGACCCGGCGCAAGUGCAAGGAGUGGAUGCAGUACCUCAAGCACACGGCCAACUCCUACGCCCGCGACUUCACUAUGGCCAACCCGCACAUGUCCUACGCGCCCAUGCGUGCCAAUACCCAGGCAACCUGGUACGUUGACGGCGCCCAGUACAUGUCCGCCGUGGCCGACGGCCUGGAGGCGGCCACCGAGGAGAUCUACAUCGCCGACUGGUGGCUCAGCCCGGAGAUCUACAUGAAGCGGCCGGCGCUCGACGGCGACUACUGGCGCCUGGACAAAAUCCUGCUGCGCAAGGCUGAGCAGGGUGUGCGCGUCUUCGUGCUGCUCUACAAGGAGGUGGAGAUGGCGCUGGGCAUCAACAGCUACUACAGCAAGUCGACGCUGGCGAAGCACGAAAACAUUAAGGUCAUGCGACACCCGGACCACGCCAGGGGUGGUAUACUCUUGUGGGCCCAUCACGAGAAGAUCGUGGUCAUUGACCAGACCUAUGCCUACAUGGGGGGCAUAGACUUGUGCUACGGGCGCUGGGACGACCACCACCAUCGCCUCACAGACCUGGGUAGUAUAUCUACCGCCUCGGUUUCAGGCAGUACGCGCAGGACACCUAGUCUGUACUUCAACAAGGACGAUACAGACUCGGCGUUCGGGUCCCGUAAGUCCUCCCGGAAUGCCCACUACGAGUCGUCUACCAAGGAGCGAUCGCCUUCGCCUCCACCGCCGGAUGAACCAAGUACCAGCAUCGAGAUGAGGCAGUUAAAGCCCGGCGAUCGCCUGCUGAUUCCAUCAAUGCUCGUCGCGAGUCCCGUGGACACGCCAACUGAGUCCAUGGCUGCGCUGGAGGGAAUGAAGCUCAAUACCCCGGAGAUGGAGCGCAAGAACGUGCUGGACAGGCUAAAGAACAACGCCAUGAAGGGCGCCAAGAUGGGCAAGGACUUUAUGAACCGCCUGACCGCCACGGACGCGGCUGAGGAGAAGGCGGACGAGGUGAUCACCGUCGAGACCCAAACCAUGUCGGUCCACGAGACCACCGUCACCUCGGUCGCUGGCGGCCAGGAGGUGACCAUUACCGCCAACAGCACGCAAAUACUCAGCGAGUUUUACGGCCAGGCCAAGUACUGGUUCGGCAAGGACUACUCCAACUUCAUACUCAAGGACUGGAUGAACCUCAACUCGCCCUUCGUGGACAUCAUUGAUCGCACCACCACUCCGCGGAUGCCUUGGCACGACGUAGGUUUCUGCGUCGCCGGCGCGUCCGCUCGGGACGUGGCCCGCCACUUCAUCCAGCGCUGGAACGCCAUGAAGCUGGAGAAGCUGCGUGACAACACGCGUUUCCCUUACCUGAUCCCCAAGAGCUACCACCAAAUCAGGGUCAAUUCGCACCUGCAGCAACUGCAGGCUCGUCGCCAGCAGCGGGUCACCUGCCAGCUUCUGCGCAGUGUCUCCGCCUGGAGCUGCGGCUUCAUCGAGGCCGAUCUGGUGGAGCAGAGCAUCCACGACGCCUACAUCCAGACCAUCACCAAGGCACAGCACUACGUUUACAUAGAGAACCAGUUCUUCAUCACCAUGCAGCUGGGCGUGGGAGUUCCGGGAGCGCACAACAAUGUCCGGAACCAGAUCGGCGAGAGCCUCUUCAAGCGCAUCGUUCGAGCGCACAAGGAACGGAAGCCAUUCCGGGUUUAUGUGAUAAUGCCGCUUCUUCCGGGCUUCGAGGGCGAUGUGGGUGGCAGUACGGGAAUUGCCGUGAGGGCCAUAACCCACUGGAACUACGCCUCCAUAUCCAGGGGACGCACUGCAAUCCUCAAUCGCCUGCAGGAGGCGGGCAUUUCUGAGCCUCAAAACUACAUCUCGUUCCACAGCCUGCGCAAUCACUCCUUCCUGAACAAUACGCCGAUUACGGAGCUGAUCUACGUGCACUCCAAGCUGCUGAUUGCCGACGAUCGGGUGGUGAUCUGCGGCUCAGCGAACAUCAACGAUCGCUCUAUGAUUGGGAAGCGGGACUCCGAAAUAGCGGCCAUAAUCAUGGACGAGGAGUUCGAGGACGGUCGCAUGAACGGGAGAAGGAAUCCGAGCGGAGUGUUUGCCGGUCGCCUCCGGAAAUAUCUUUUUAAGGAGCAUCUUGGCCUUCUGGAAGGAGAAGGAUCCAGUCGCUCCGACUUGGACAUCAGCGACCCAGUCUGCGACGAGUUCUGGCACGGCACCUGGCGUCGGAUCUCCUCACGGAACACGGAGAUCUACGACGAGGUGUUCAAGUGCAUUCCCACGGAUUUCGUAAAAACAUUCAACAGUCUUCGCAAAUACCAGGAAGAGCCUCCUCUGGCCAAAACAGAUCCUGAGAUGGCCGUGAAUCGCGCCAACGAAAUUCAGGGCCACCUGGUAAACCUGCCAUUGGAGUUCCUCAACAAGGAGGUGCUCACGCCGCCCGGAACCAGCAAAGAAGGCCUCAUUCCUACCUCUGUAUGGACAUAGUCUGCCAAAAGUCUCAAAGACGACACUAGCUCUAAGAUUUCCCGCUCUAAGGAUCGCCCUACCUUUGCCAGGACCACCCACCAAAAGCGCCUAACUUUAACGCCUUGUCAUUGCCGAGUCAUAACUUUGUAUAUUGUACAUACAAACCGUAGAUCCUUGUGGGAUUAACUACUUUUAUCCAAUACCUGUUACUCUGCCUUACUACUAGUUAAUUUAUUAUACGCUGUAUGUCUUUGUCCCCUAUUAGUUUUUAUGUAGAACUAAAUUGUUAUUCCUUUAUAAUGUUAAAACAGUAUUUUAGACUGCUUUACGAAUGUUUAUUAAAGUGAUAUGGAGUGCAAAUAGAAACCAAAA